CUCUCUCUCUCGUUUUUCCUUUUUCUCACUCCUCCUUUGGUUCUGCUCACCUUGCCUUUCACACUUUUCAAGCUUGCCUGCUUGUUUUGCAUGAAGGCUGUUUUUGUUUUCAUCCACACUUGGGUAGAGUUGGUGAGGGCCACAAUCAACUUCCAUUUGAAUUUAGUAUGGAGAUCAAUAAUGUGGACAGUUGCUCUUGUAUCUCUGCCCUUACGAAUAUUGACUGCCAUACAGAGAGAGAGACAGCUGGAACUGCAUCUGCAUGAUAUGCAGAUCGAGUCGGAGAACCUUGCAUGGGAUAGGAAACAACUACAGGAACAUCUCCAAACAGCCAUUAAGGAACAUAAAAUGAUGGAGUUGAUAUUAGCAGAACUUGAAGAGGAACACGAUAAGGCCAUUGCCAAAAUUGAACUGUUGGAGGGUGAGGACAUAUGGCAGUUGCAGGAUUUAAAAACUGAAACUCUUAGGUUGAGAGAAGUUCAGGGCAAGCAAUAUUGGAGCUUUAGAGGUCAAGGUGACACAGACAAUGACCAAAACACAGAAUUUUCUGACAAGUAUGGCAUUCCUUAUGGGAUCUCCUCAUGGAAACCUGGUUAUAGUGGGAGUGGUGUUGUCCUCCAAGACCUUAACCUUCUGAUGCAAUCACAUACAUGGGGUGAUGAAAGCACAACUAAAGCUGAGUUGCUUAAAUUAUUAAAAUCUGGAUCAAAAUCCAGUGCACCUAUCCAUCCAGUUCCUGCUGAAAUCAUCUCCAGAAACUCCGAUAUGAACAAAGUUCUUGACCAACGAAGAGGAAUUGCAAUAAAACAGUCUCUUUUCAGUGCGGUUUUAUCUCUUUUGGUUGGAAUGAUUAUCUGGGAAGCUGAAGAUCCAUGCAUGCCACUUGUUGUGGCUCUUUUCACUGUGGUUGGCAUGUCACUGAAGAGUGUGGUCCAAUUUUUCUCCACCAUAAAGAAUAAACCUGCUUCAGAUGCUGUAGCUCUCUUGAGUUUCAACUGGUUCAUACUAGGCAUGCUUACGUACCCAACCUUGCCAAGGGUCGCUCGGAUGUUGACUCCACUGGCAGUAAGUUUCCUGCACCGAGCGGUAAGCUGCCUUGGCUUGUCUUUCCUGUUCUAGAAGUCCUCAACUUCUAGUCAUCGCAUUUGCAUACCACCAUGUAUCAUAGACUUUGGAGCUUGAAGUUUGUUUAUUGUACUGAAUGAACUUUAUAAAAUGUACAGUAGCGGGAUUUUUGUGUCAUUUUCAGUCUAAGAUAUAGGAUGUUUUUGUGUACCAACCUCUGAUUUAGUGAUGCAGGUUUUACGAUUUUGCUGCCUUGA